GCUUGUUGCUUGAAGGUGGCUUGCUCCUCAGCCUUACAAGAAGAGCACACACACACAUACACACACACACACACACCAACUGCACCAGCAACUGAGCAACUGCACAGCAACAGCUACAAAGAAAAACACACAACAGGGACGAGACAGCAGCAGGAGCAGCAAGGCAGCUCGAGCCACAUCCCGACACAACGAGGAUGGUGAGGCGUCUGCCCACCAUCAGCGCCGUUGCGGGAGUGGUCGGCUUUGUCCUUCUCCUCAGCCUCCUGACCCAAGAACGCACGGGCGCCCUUGGCGCAACCACACCAUCAUGCAGAUCACAUUUCCAAUGCCGCCCAGGGCAAUUCUGUUCACGUGUUGAGGCAUGUGAAGCUGAGUCCGUUUGUCUUCAAUUUGGAUACUCCUACGGCCUCGGCAAUUACUGCCCAUGCCUGCCUGGAUCCAUCACCGGACAGACCGCCCUUAGUGGCAUCAAACCAUCCGGCACUCCAAUAACGGUUGAGUUUCGGACAACAAAUGUCGGGCCAGCUGUCCACUUGCAGUUGCAGGGCGAGACCUCUACUCAAACCAUGCAGGAGUUUGUGCGGGUGGAGGAUUCAGCCGUGACGUCAGUCACAUGGACGGUGCCCCUCUCAACGCCCUCAGGGCAAUAUCGCAUCACCGUCACAAGCAUUGCCACGACAUCCAUCGUCGGAUACAUUCCCGCAACGGGAACCUUCACCAUCAAGCGGCGAUUCAGGUGCAUCAGCCAUGACUCCUGUGGACCAUCGGAGUACUGUGACAUCUACGGGGUCUGCGUCCCGUGCAAUGAUUGCCUUCGAUUUGUCGAUGCCAUUGAUGGCGAGUGCCCCUUCAAGUGCUUUGAGACCCCACCCGCGUCGUUCCCUGAAAUCACGUUCCGUUCUCCCACAACAAGCACGGUCGUCUCCGCGGGCAGCGCCAUCACCAUCACAUGGUUCUUCAAUCAGCUUGUUCUGGACUUUAUAGAUUUGUACAUCGUGCCUAUGGGGAGCAGUGCACUGGACACCGCCGUCAUCAUUCGAACAAGCGUGGCUGCUGGCCAAUACACGUGGACGGUUCCAAGCGACAUGCUGAGCGGGGAUUACUGGAUUGCGGCCGUGUUCACAGACGAUGCGGAGAGAACCAUCAUCGGACACGCGCCAAACAGCAUCGAGGCUGGAAGCGUUGGAUUUAGCAUCCAAGGAUGUCCGACAUGCUCAGACAAUGAAUAUCUGACAGGUCCAUGUGGUGGGAAGGUGGUUCCAAAAUGCAUGCCGUGCACUGAGUGCAGUGCUGGGACGUAUGAGACGCGUGCGUGCACGCUGACAAGCAACCGUGCGUGCGACGCGUGCGUGCGAGCGGAGGACUGCGGGAGCGGGGAGUACCUUGCUGGCAAGUGCACGGCGACGACCAGCCCCAAGUGCCAGGUGUGCACGACGGCCAAGGACUGCGGGCUCGGGGAGGUGCUGCUCGGCACGUGUGGCGGGGCAUCCAACCCGGUGUGCGUUGCCUGCGAGUCGCCUUGCCGCACCUGUGCUGGCACCACCAGGACGUGCAAGUCCUGCGUCGCCAACACGUACCUCAGCGGGAGCACGUGUGUGGAUGUGUGCCCUGAGGGGAUGUACGGGGACGUGACAUCUGGCACGUGCACAACGUGUGCUGAGGAGUGUGAGGCGUGCGCGGGCGGGACGAGUCAGGAGUGCACGGCAUGCGCGCCCGGGUACUUUUUGUCUGGGACAGCGUGUGUUUCUGUGUGCCCUGAUGGGUACUAUGGGGAUGCGACGAGCCGGGUGUGCGUGAGGUGCGCGGUGUGCCGGGAAGGCACCUUUGCUGUUGGCGGCUGCUCUGGCGUUGAGGACACGCUGUGCCAGGGAUGGCGCGUGUGUGCGUCUGACGAGUACGAGGUGCGAGCGCCGUCUGCAACGAGCGACCGGGAGUGCACGGCGUGCCGCACCAGCUGUCCUGCUGGCAAGGAGCUUGCGGGGAUCUGUGGUGGCAGUGAUGGCACACGGGACCGUGUGUGCGAGGAUUGCGGGAGCGGGACGUUCAAGGCGAGCGAGGGCGGUGAAGCGUGCAGCGCGUGCCGGACUGUGUGUGCGGACGAGCACUACCUGAGCGGGGCGUGCACGACGACGCAGGAGCCCGUGUGCGAGCGGUGCAUUGAGCAGGCAGACUGCCGUGCCGGGCAGUACGCGGGCGGGACGUGCGGUGGCAGCGACGGGCGCAGCAACAGGGAGUGCCUGGCGUGCCACGGGACAUGUGCAGAGUGCGUGGGCCCCACGGCAACAGACUGCACGGCUUGCAGCGGCGACCUGCACCUUGACGACGGUGGCGCGUGUGUGUCUGAGUGCGACGCCGGGUUCUUUGAGGUUGGCAACGAGUGCGUGCCAUGCGACGGGAGCUGCCUGGACUGCAACGGGGACGGCCCGGGCGCGUGCACGGCGUGUGCCAAGGGCACGUUCCUGCACCGUGGGGAGUGUGUUGCUGUGUGCCCUGAUGAGACGUACGGGGACGUUGUGCAGCGGCAGUGCCAGGUGUGCAAGGUGUGCAGCGGAGACGAGUAUGUGCUGUCUGCGUGCGGCGGGACGAGCAACACGCAGUGCAGCGCGCUGAGUGUGUGCGGUGCUGGGCAGUAUGAGGCUGUUGCUGCGACGCUGACGAGCGACCGGGAGUGUGCUGAUUGCCGGACGUCGUGUCCCGCUGGCGAGGAGCUGAGCGUGGCGUGCACGGCGACGGCUGAUGCGCAGUGCACGCCAUGCGUUGGCGGUACGUACAAGGCGAGUGCGGGGAGCGGCCUGUGCGCCGCGUGCACACGCGAGUGCGGUGACGGGGAGUACCUGUCUGGGGUGUGCAGUGCAACGACGACGCCCGUGUGCGCUGCGUGCACGAGCACGUGUGCGGCUGGGCAGUAUCUGGACGGGGUGUGCGGCGGGCGCAGCAACCCGCAGUGCACCGCGUGCACUGAGUGCAGUGCUGGGACGUAUGAGACGCGUGCGUGCACGCUGACAAGCAACCGUGCGUGCGACGCGUGCGUGCGAGCGGAGGACUGCGGGAGCGGGGAGUACCUUGCUGGCAAGUGCACGGCGACGACCAGCCCCAAGUGCCAGGUGUGCACGACGGCCAAGGACUGCGGGCUCGGGGAGGUGCUGCUCGGCACGUGUGGCGGGGCAUCCAACCCGGUGUGCGUUGCCUGCGAGUCGCCUUGCCGCACCUGUGCUGGCACCACCAGGACGUGCAAGUCCUGCGUCGCCAACACGUACCUCAGCGCCGUGCGCGAGUGCACCGCUGGGCAGGAGUACGAGACGCAGGCUCCGACGGCCACGUCCAACCGCGCCUGCGCCCCGCUCACCACAUGCGACUUUGAGACGCAGUUUGAAUCGCAGGUGCCAACAGCAACGAGCAACCGCGUGUGCACGCCGCUGUCGUCGUGCGACGCUGAGACGCAGUAUGAGACCCAGGCACCGACACAGACGUCUGAUCGCGAGUGCGAGGGCCUGGCGACGUGCGUUGCGGGCGAGUUUGUCGCCACGCAGCCCACGCCGACGUCGAACCGCGUGUGCGCCAGCUGCCCCGCAGGCACGACAGACCAUGACAGUGACAGCGAGACGGCGUGCGUUGCGUGCCCGGCGGGCCACUUUUCAAGCGCAGGCUCCAUCGGCCCUUGCUCGCUGUACAUGUGCCCUGCUGGCACCGCCGACACGGACAGCAGUGCCAGUACCCCAUGCGAGGCGUGCGAUGGCACUUCGUCGUUCCAGCCCGCCGCGGGCCAGGCCUCAUGCUUGCAGGUGACCACGUGUGUGGCUGGCGAGGAGGAGCAGGAUGCGCCAACCGCCGUGAGCGACCGCGAGUGCAGGCCAUGCCAGCUCGGCGUCACGUACAAGGCACAGCCGGGCCAGAACACCACCUGUGCAGCGGUGCGCACCUGCUUGGCUGGGGAGGAGCAGACGCUUGCGCCCACCCUCUCCUCCAACCGCGUGUGCACCACGUGUGGUCCCGGCACCUUCAAGGCCGCUGCUGGCCAGGCCACGUCUUGCAUCGCCACCCAGAACUGCGCCCCAGGCUUCCAGGAGUCUGUUGCGCCGACACCGGCGAGUGAUCGCCAGUGUGAGGCGUGCCCUACCGGCACCUUCAAGUCCACCACGGGCCAGGCCACUUGCACGGCCCACGCCACGUGCGACACCGACACGCAGUACCAGACAAAGGCGCCUACCACGUCGACCAACCGCGAGUGCGGCCCGCUCACAGACUGUGGUACCGGCGAAUGGGAGGAGCGUGCGCCAACAGCAACGAGUGACCGCGUGUGUGAGUUGUGCGACUCAUGUGAGGAUGAGGGCCUGACACAGGCCACCGCUUGCACGGAGACCGCCAACACCGUGUGCGAGAACUGCGACACGUGCAACCCGGGCUUCUUCGUGUCGUCGCCGUGCACGUCCGUGUCUCAGACUGAGUGCACGGAAUGUGCAGAGUGCGGUGCCGACCAGUACCAGACACAGGAGUGCCGCGUGUCGACAAACACACAGUGUGCACCGCUGACCACGUGCACCGCGAGCCAGUAUGAGACAGUUGCUCCCACUGACACCUCCGACCGCGAGUGUGCUACGCUGACAACGUGUGUCGUUGGGCAGUACGAAUGUGUGGCUCCCACGGAAACCUCCAACCGGCAGUGCUGCGCCAUUGCGCAGUGCGACGUGGGCGAGGAGGAGGCCGUGGCGCCAACAGCGACCAGCAACCGCCAGUGUCAAAACUGUACAGCCGGCACCACGGACGACGACGCCAACGGCGCAACACCAUGUGUGCAGUGCCCAGCCGGCACGUUUGUGCCCGAGGGCCGCACCGGCGACUGCAGCGCAUACCGCUGUGCACCGGGCACUGUCGACGCCGACCAGCUGCCCAGCACGCCAUGCACGCCUUGCAGUAGCGGUGUCUCGUUUGCACCGACAUCUGGUCUCACGGCGUGUGUUGCCGUGUCGGACUGCCCCGCCGGUGAAGAGGAGUCUGUGCAGCCCACGCUCUCCAGCGACCGCGUGUGCACCGUGUGUGCUGCGGGCACCUUCAAGGAGGACGCUGGUCAGGACGACUGCAUGACAGCAUCGACGUGUGCAUCAGGCACGCAGUACGUUGCCCAACCGCACACGCCCACCAGCGACACCGUCUGCGCCAACGUGACGCAGUGCACAGCCACCCAGUACCAGACGGUUGCUCCCACAGCCAUGUCCGAUCGCCAGUGCCGCAACCUGACGGUGUGCGAGGCCAACGAGUACCAGACUCGUGCCCCCACCGCCACCACGGACCGCCAAUGCGCCACCGUUCGCGCCGCGUGCAGCAUGGACGAAUUCGAGAGUGCUGCGCCGACGGCCACCAGCGACCGCGAGUGCACGCAGCUCACGACGUGCCGCGCGCAGCAGUACGAGGCACGCGCACCCACGCCUUCAACGGACCGUGAAUGCAUCUACUGGACAAACUGCACAGCAGCCCAGUUCCAAGUCACCGCACCCACAUCGGUGUCGGACCGCGUGUGCGCCAACCUGACAGUGUGCACUGCCACUCAAUUCGAGGCCGUUGCUCCCACAACCACAACAAACAGGGUGUGUGAGUCGUGCACGGCUUGCCCUGGGGGCACACACUACGAGAUGACCCCCUGCACGGCGUCUGCGGAUGCCACCUGCGCCAUGUGCAGCACGUGCAGCGGAGACACGUACGCCUCAGCAGCAUGCAGCGAGACGGAUGACACCACGUGCACUGCAUGCACGCAGUGCGUUGACGGCAGCACGUUUGAGUCUUCGCCGUGCUUGGCGCAUGACGACCGCGUGUGCCUGCCUUGCACCGUGUGCAACGUCACAACAGAGUACGUUGGGCGGGCGUGCAAUGUAACCAGCGACACGCAGUGCCUGCCGUACACGACGUGCGCCGUCGAUGAAUACGAGCACGUUGCGGUAACCCGCACUUCGGACCGACAAUGCUUGCCGCUAUCGGUGUGCACGGAGGUGCAGUUUAUCAGCGCUGUGCACACGACCACAAGCAACCGCGUUUGUCAGGACGUGCGAUCAUGCGUGCGUGAGCUUGAGUAUGAGGCAGCUGCCCCAACACCAACGACCGACCGCGUGUGCGAGGCCGUUGCUGUGUGUGUUGGGGAUGAGAUUGAGGUGAUGGGGCCGACGUCCACGUCCAACCGCGUCUGCCGGUUGGUUGAUCAGGCUGUUGGCGACAGGAACAAGACGUCGCUCGUGCUGCCGCUGGUGGCUGCCGUCAUUGCCGCCCUUGUCAUUGCACUGCUCACUUCCGUUGGUGUCCCCAUCAAGCAUUCGGGACCCCUGCCGCAUGUUGGCAUGAAGGCCAACCCUUUGUACAGCGGAGCAGCAGCGAGCGGUGUGCACGCUGGUGCCCUCUCCGGUGCGCUGUGGCUCCAGCGUGACAACACAAUCACAGGUACGCAGGAAACAAGCGUGGACGACAUGAGGAUGGUAGACAUUGGGCUGACGGGGGCGUCGACAAGCGACGACCAGGUGCCGGAUGCACUAUCGCAGCGCGAGUUCCUGCGAGUCGCCUCCAAGAGGCGCGCAAACGGGUGGUUCACCCUGAAGCGUCAGAGAAGGGCUGGCACCACUGCGCCGGCAGCGUCACGAUCAGCAAGUGCAUCAGCGGGGACCGGUCUGGUGAAGAUGGGAUUGCUGACUGGCCGAGAUGCUCAGCAAGGAACACGAUCGUCCAUGCGCUCAUCUGCGCACUUCCUGCCUGGCUUGUCCGCGUGGGCACGCGAGGAUACCGGCAUUGAAGCCAUGCUGGGGGCAGCCAGCAACGGUGGUUUUGAACGGAUCCCCGUUGCCAGCAGCACUGUGAGCACAACGAGCGGAAGCGCAGCGUGCAGCAGCCGCAUCAGCAGCAGCGGAGCCAGCGAUGUAACUAGCAUUCACAGUGGCAGCCGCAGCGGUGGCAGUGGCAGUGGCAGCCAGGAAAGCUUGGAUAGCAAUGCAUGGGCAAACGGCGGGCACGACAAUGACGAGUUGCUCACGUUUGAUGAGCUGGCGAUGUUUGACCACGACGCCGCUGAUAACCACACACCUGGUGCUGCGAAUGCACUGGCGCCCAGCUCACACGUGCCAGGCACGGUGUCAUCUGGCCAUGAGGAGGCCGAUACCGAUGGGGAUGAUGACGAGGUGUUAUCACUUGGGGAUCUUGCAGACAUGGACGACCGUGGUGAGCCAGGAACUGCUGACGGAGACUUGGACGAGCCUGCCACGUGGCUGCCAGCUGCCACCAGCGCUGACGACAAGCACACCGAGAACAUGUGGGAUGUAGCAAGUGUUGGCGAAGGUGGCGAUGAAAGCAGUGAUGACCGGGAGUAUGUCGAGGUCGACGCAAUGGCGACCUCGUCUUCAAACGCGCACGCCUACGCUUUUGCAACGCCCACAAACAUCCCCGUUGCCAACUACAUGGAGGUGCCAGACGCCGCAGGUUUGAAAGGGGACGACGAAUACGUGUACUUGGGCAGGGACCAGCUUGCCCAGGGAGGUGCGCAAACGGAGGGUAACGAGUACAGUCGCGUGUAUGGCACAGCUCGCGAGACUGACGUUGCAGCCGACAGCGACUACUUUGAACCGCGCGGCGGUGACGACGAUUACAGCCACGACGGCAGUGCAUGGCGUCCUGGCAAUGAUCCUGUGUAUGGGUUUGUUGUUGGCGGUUGCGGCAGCGAUGCUGCUGGCGAUGGGGAUGACACAGACACGGAGACCGUCACCGCAAACAGCGGCCAAGACUCUGACGAUGGUGAUCCCGACGAUGACGACGAUGACGUGCUUGAGUUGUCUGACUUGGCCAUGUAUGACACGCUGGAUGUAUCGACAAUGGCCUCUGCACAGUGGCUGGCUGAUGGGCAAGACGCUGGUCCAUCCUCGACACGUGAUCGGCGUGACAGAAUUGAAGAACAGCACAUCUAUGACAAGCUGAAGCGCCGUUGA